GUUCUGGAAAGAGCACUUCAUCCACAUUUCGGUUUCUGUUUCUUGCAAGUCAACACAAACCCCUCUUCCCUCCCUUUACCAUCACUCAAAAUGCAUCAUCUCAUUACACUACUUAUAAACAUGUUAAAGUUUGAGAAAAAACAAACGGAGACAAACAAAUCAGCAGCAGAUAGAAGACCCAAGUACAAGAGAAUUGAGCAAAUUUUUUUUUAUAGUUUUGGUUCAUGGAGAUUAAGGUGGAAGCUGACUCCAAUCAUCAUGAGGAACAAAAACUUCCUCUCUUGAAAAAUAUAACACUACCUGAAAUGGAAAGGAGAAAUAUGAUACAAAAAGCUAUUAGUCAGACAUUUCAGAGCACAGCUCAUUUGGCCAAUCUUUUACCUACAGGAUCAGUUCUUGCAUUCCAAUUUCUAUCACCCAUAUUCACAAAUGGAGGUAAUUGUGACUCAGUCAGCCGGUCCAUGACUGCUGGGCUUGUAACCCUCUGUGGUUUAUCAUGUUUUCUACUUAGCUUCACAGACAGCUUUAAAGACAAGAGUGGAAACAUCUGCUAUGGACUUGCCACAAUAAGGGGCUUGUGGGUCAUUGAUGGUUCAGCUACAAUUCCACCCGAAUUUGCUGAAAAAUACCGGCUACGGUUUAUAGAUUUUAUGCAUGCCUUCAUGUCAAUACUAGUAUUUGCAGCUGUUGCACUGUUUGACCAGAAUGUGGUAAAUUGCUUCUAUCCAACACCUUCAGAUGAGACUCAGGAGAUGCUCACAGCAUUGCCAGUUGGGAUUGGUGUCAUUUGCAGCAUGUUGUUUGUUGUGUUUCCAACCCAGCGUCAUGGAAUUGGCUUUCCUCUUACUGGUAAUUAAGUUUGCUCUUUACUGCUUUGAGAUACAAGCCAAUUCCAUUCUUCUCAAAGUCAUAUUCUCUAUUUUGUUAUCUUUGAAAGUCCCAUUGCUGAAUGCUAAAAAAAAUAACAAGGUUA